AUAUACCCCCCCGUUUCCACUCCAUUCACUGUUCUUUCAUAUAAAACACGGCGAGGCUCUGCCUCCACCACUUGAAAAGAAAACCCUCCUUAAUUUAUAUUUAAUUUAGGGCUUAAUUUAUCUCUAAAUCAAUCCAUGGCUUCUUCGAGAAAAGAUGUGGAUCGGAUUAAAGGUCCAUGGAGCCCCGAAGAAGACGAGGCGUUACAGAGAUUAGUCCAAACCUAUGGACCAAGAAACUGGUCCCUGAUAAGCAAAUCAAUCCCUGGUCGAUCUGGGAAAUCAUGCAGGUUGCGAUGGUGCAACCAGCUGUCCCCUGAGGUCGAGCACAGACCAUUUAGUGCUGAAGAAGAUGACACAAUCAUCAGGGCCCAUGCUCGUAUCGGCAACAAAUGGGCCACCAUCGCCCGCCUUCUCAAUGGGCGCACCGAUAACGCUAUCAAGAACCACUGGAACUCAACCCUCAAGAGAAAAUGUUCUUCCAUGUUUGAUGACUUAAACGACGACGCACAACAACAGCCUCUUAAAAGAUCCGCAAGUCUCGGGGCGGGUUCGGGUCUACACUUGAACCCGAGUAGCCCAUCCGGAUCCGAUUUGAGCGAUUCAAGUAUACCCGGCGUGAAUUCAUCUCCCGUUUUCAGGCCGCCAGUCAAAACCGCCUCUCUUGUCCCACCUAGUUUGUCGAUUGACGUGUCCUCUCCGACCGUCGAUCCACCGACUUCAUUAUCCCUGUCUCUGCCUGGAUCCAUUACUUGUCAGGCUCCGGGUUCUGGCUCAAGUUCUGGAUCCCAUGUUGUUAACCCGACACCUAUGGUGCAAACACCUGCUGCACCCCCACAAGCUGCAGUGGCUGUGCAGCAACAGGAGCAAGUUUCAUUUCUGCAACAGAAGAAUCCUGGGUCUCGACUUGAGAACCAGUUUUUCAGUGCUGAGUUUUUAGCAGUCAUGCAAGAGAUGAUAAGGAAGGAAGUGAGGAACUAUAUGUCCGGGAUUGAGCAAAAUGGGCUCUGUUUGGGAACAGAGGCUAUAAGGAACGCUGUGGUUAAACGAAUUGGUAUUAGCAGAAUCGAGUAGCCAAGCAGAAGAGAAGUAGAUUGUUAGUGACGGCCAUGAUCAUGAUCAUCUGGGCAUGAUGAUGAAGCAGCUGAGUUGACUCGGAGAGAGAAUGAGAGAGGAGGGCAAAAAGGAGAAAAAAACUCUUGUUUUUUUUUUUUUAAUUUGUUUUCUUUAAAGUUGCUUUAAUCGUUGCUUUAUACAGAAGUAAUAAUUUUGGUAGUGUACAGAGCAGUUUUCUUCGGCAGAGAAGAAGAGGAUCUCGAAGGAACAAAAUUUCUUUUGAAUAUAAAUUGAAAAAAAAAAAAAACGAUCUUUCCUUUUAUUUUUAUUAAUCUUUAAUUUAAAUUCAAGAAAACUGGAAUUAAAUGACCUGCACUGAAGUAAAGUGACGCACAGAAAGGACACAACCGUUUUUGUUUGUAUACAGAAAGAAAAACCAAAAGAUGAUUUUGUUUUUCCUUCGGAGAGGGAGAAAAAACUCAGACCGAAUGAUUUUGUUUGGUUGUUGGCUUGCUUGAUGAGGAUGAUUGAGGGGCUGUACCUGGUAAUUUUAAGGAUAAAUUCUGAAUGGUGGCGUCUUUCGGGUUCGUUUUAACCAGGUCGGAAGGAUUGAGUUUGCUGCUUGUGGUUGAUGACUCCACUUAAUUAACGGUAGGAAAAAAACAUUUGAAGAUUCGGUGGAUGCAUUGAUUGGAUGGGUACUAGGAGAAGCUGGUGCUUAAAUUGAGGAUGUUUCCGAUUACUGUUCAUUCAUUAUUGUUGCCACUAAAGCAUCCAGGGAAACAGCUCCUCAGAUACUCUACUAAAAUAUCUUCAGCCUUGAGAAGUAACACAAUCAAUUAUCCUUCUUUUUUAAACGGGUUGCUUUCUCUUCUUUUUUUCUGCUUUAUUUUUUCUAGUUGGGCUGGAGCAGCCGAGUGAAUUUGGUUAUGGAUUAAUUUGAUUGGAUCGACCGACUUGUCUAUUAAA